GGUUGCGUCUCAUGUACUUAGCAGCUGUGAUUCAUCUGCCGUAAAACCACUGUCUGCAAACCCAUUGAAAAUGUGUGAAAGUAGAGUUGGAAAAGAUCAGGUUUGGCAGCAUUGGAGGCCAAUCGGAUUCCUGCUUCGCACUCCCAUCAUAUGUCAUCGUCGCUGUGUCCGUUGGCGAGUUGGAAAUCAACUGAAGCAGCAGCGGGACAAGCUGAAGCAAUACCAGAAGAAGAUCGGCGUUCAACUGGAAAAAGAGCGGUUGCUCGCCCGACAGCUGCUGCGAGAUGGCAAGAAAGAGAAAGCCUUGCUCCUGCUCAAGAAGAAACGAUUCCAGGAGCAGCUUCUGGAUAAAACGGAAGUUCAGAUCAGUAACCUGGAACAAAUGGUUCAGAACAUUGAAUUUACCCAAAUAGAGAUGAAAGUUAUCGAAGGGCUGAAAAUCGGCAAUGAUUGUCUUAAGAAAAUGCACGAGGUUAUGUCCAUUGAAGAGGUGGAACGAAUAAUGGAUGAAACGCAGGAAGCUGUUGAAUACCAACAGCAAAUAGACAAUAUUCUAGCUGGAAGUUUCUCUCAGGAAGAUGAGGAUGAAAUUCUGGCUGAGCUGGAUGCAUUAACUCAGGAAGAAAUCGAACUCCCAGAAGUUCCAACAGAACCACUGCCAGAGGUGCCCACGGCAGCGAUGGGGAAAGGAGAAAUCAAAAUUCAGACCAAAAGAGAGAUGGUGGCAGCGUCGUAGCCGGAGGCAAUGGGUCCAGGUCUCGGUAGCAUCUCCGAGUGCAGCUUCUCCUCAGUGUGUAUUCCGGAGUCGAUCAUGAUUCAUUUCCCUGUUGGGAUUGAAAACCUCAAACUCUGUACAUAUCAGGAGGAUCUUCGCUCUUUCCUGGAAUAGGUUUUUUUUUACACACGUCAAUGAACUCAUGUGAAAGGCCGCUUUUCACUUUUUCUAAUUUUUUUUCUCUCUCUCUCUCUCUGUGUGGUUGAAAGAAGUGGUGCAAAGGAAAGGCGGCCGAUACAGUGAUUUAGUAAACAGUCGGUAUUUCCUCUGUAGCCCCUGAACGGAUGUAUCCACAAUCAAGCCUCUUUGCAAAUUCCCAGAUCGAGCUUUCAUCCUAGCAGUUUGAAUUAGUUCAAAUCGGUUUUAGGUUGUGACCGUACCCAAUGGGUAAAUCAAAUCAAAUCACGUGGGAUAUUGUUUUUGUGAUCAUUUAAUCUUUCAAAAGGAAAGGAAGCCCAGGGAACGGGUUAACGGGGUGGGGGAGAGAGGAAUAUUGUGUAAAGACUAGCAUGCAACUUCCUUCCUCCCCAACCCCUUUUUAAACUACAAACUGUUUGCACUUCUUGAGCUAAAUUAAUACAGGCGUUCUUCGGCAAGAGGGGUUUCUAAUGAAAGCACUGAUGAGAAAUGUUUGAAGUCCAUCGUAUUUUAAGAAAACUAAGUUUGUACAGACGAUUUAAAAAAAACAUUUAAUAGGACUGAGCAGUAUUGAAGAAGAGCGUUUCUCUGAAAUCUCAGAGUUGUCAUUCAAAGACCCCCCUCACAUGGACUCGCUCUGACAUUACACAAAAAAAUUCUCGUUUGCAUGCGAUAAAACUGGGGCCAGGAUUGACUGCUUACAGAUUAUAACUGGGCUUCAGUCUAUUAGUCGUUUCUGACAUAGAAGCCAAACCGUGAUUUGUGUCUGGCUUCCUUUACGGUGUGGUUUCCAGUGUGCUUAUCUAUUGCAGUGACUGACACAAGCUGUUGCUGCGUGUGGAACGGACGGCUCAGGCUCAUUCAUUAAAUUGGAGGGGUUGAGGUGGUUAAUUUCUGAUCGGUUGAUCAAACUUCUGUAAACUUUUUUGGCUGGGAUGAUCUCUCGUGAAAUGAUUUUGCCAUUUGGUUUGGUUUGGCUUUCCCACCUGCCAUAUUACAGCAUCUAAUCCAGCCGCUUACUUUUCCUUGGGUUUUAAUCUUCUAAAUUCUAAUUAUACCCAGUUACAAUGAACUGAACUAAAACAACCUCGGAUUGAGCUGAGUCCCAUUUCCAACACAGCCAUUCAGUAUUGUCUAACUAACGCUCUCCAUGCCACACAGACGUCGUCGUUUCUGAAACAUCUUGUGUCAUAAAAUGAAUGUAAAUUGCAAAACUGAAGGUUAACAUGGAGAUUGUGGGAUUUUUUUCACUAAUGGUCUUUAAACUAGAGCAGAGAGUGUUGCUGAGGCAGAGAGUGAUAGGUUGGGGAGGAUGGUGGGGGGUUGGGUGGGGUGUUGGAGGCUUGUUAGUCUGCCUGAAGGGAAACCAAGCAACUUACCCUCGGGGAAGAAUUGUAAAGUUGGGCUAUUCACCAGCUUAAACAGACCAGGGCUUAGUGAGGGCUGGCAUUCCGCCUAGGUUCUGGGAUAGGGAGGAGAAAGGAGGGGACCUAUUUUCAAACUCAAAGUGAAAUACAUUUUAAGUGGCAAAUCGCCCUCUCCCCAGGUGAAUACUAUAAAAGACAAAAUAGUGCGCUUCAAAUCUAGAGCAAUCGUGUCUUUUUUUCUGUCUCUGCGCUGAUCUUUGAGUUCGCCCACCGGCUUUCUUGGAAAUCCUUGCUUAAAUACGCAUCCUGUAGCUUCAUUUACAAACUCGUAUGUGAGUGUGUGUACCAGCUGCUUUGAGCUGUGCCUCAGCUCAGUCCUGGAGAACGUACAGGGGGGUAGUAGGGGAAGGGUCGUUUUGUGAUUGUAGCCUUCCAGUUAUAUAAGGAGAUACCUUUACUACUAUCCUCGGUUUAAGAACUAUAAAUACACAUGCGCUCAUCCACAGGUCUGUUUUAUAAUCUCUGCAAUAAUUUCUAUAAAUUGCCAUUGAUAUUUACAAAGUAGAAUAAUUCAUGUCAGCAACCCCUCCCUUUUUGCAGCAAAAUGAUCUGAAUAAACUAAUCUGGAUACAAA